UGCACAUGGAAAGUGCUGAUGUCAUACUAUAAUCGAUUAGCAUAUGUAAUACAGAUGAGAGGCGGCUCGGUUAAGCCACGCCUCCACUAUACCUCGAAUCAUUUGUAAUGUACAGUGCAGCUGUCACUUAUAAAGCGUUAGAGACAAACACAGUCGCGAUCAUCGUCAGGUCUGUCAGAGGAACAUGUCCGAGCGCAUCGCCUACAUCACACGAGUGCAGAGCUUCAGCGCCUGCCAUCGAUUACACAGCAAAUCUUUAAGUGAUGAGGAGAACAAACAAAUAUUUGGAAAGUGCAACAAUCCUAAUGGCCAUGGUCAUAAUUAUAAAGUUGAAGUGACGGUUCGAGGAAAGAUCGACAGGAACACAGGGAUGGUUAUGAAUCUUACUGACCUAAAGGACUAUAUUGAGGAGGCCAUCAUGAAACCUCUUGACCAUAAAAAUCUGGACCGGGAUGUCCCUUACUUUUCUGAUGUUGUCAGCACCACAGAAAACCUGUGCGUCUUUAUUUGGGACGGCAUGGCGAAGCUUCUCCCGCCGGACAGCCUGUAUGAGAUCAAAGUGCAUGAAACGGACAAGAAUAUUGUUGUAUACAGAGGCGAAUAGACUAAUUGAUCUCAGUGCAGGAGAAAAGCUUUCGUGGCUUUAGAAAGUGUAUUAGGUGAGAGCGGCACCUGCUGCGCUUCAUUCAGAACAUGGACAACAAUAUGGGAUUAAUGUAAGUCACUGAGACUGAGGCUCAUCUGGGAGAUUGAUCCUAUUAAACACAGAGAGAUUACACUCUCUCACACACACACACACACACACACACACACUCACAAUCUUUUCCCAAACUAAUUAAGUCUCAGCAACUCUUCUUUUACGUUUCUCAAAGCCUUUUUUAACAAAAGAAGGCUUGUUUGUAUUUUCAAAAUAUUUGUACUAAUGAAUAAUGAAAAUGUUUUGAUCAUAUUCAUUUUUAGUACUUAAAUCUGUUGUUGGCAUUUUAAUGUUUUUAAAAAUGCUUUUGCUGAGAAAAUGUUUUUAUUUAUACUACCAAUAGAUGGUGCUGCAAGUGUAUCAGAUUGCAUUCCAAUAAACUUUAUAUAUUAAGAUGGAAAU